AUGGAAUCAUGGCAAGACGAUAUCAAUGCAUCGGACCCAGGCUCAAAAUGCUUCAACGGAGCUGGGAAAGAUCCUAGCUUUCUAUGUUUUCAUCCAAAUGAAGCUAAGGUGGAUCAUGCUCAAGCUCAAGUCAAUUUCAAAUCCAUUGAAGCUUAUAGGAUUAGGUCAGAUGAAGCAAAGUACUUUUACCAUAUAAUCGGAAAAGGGAAAACAGAAUCACGAGAGAGAGACGAGCAAGAAAAGGACCGAAUCUCACAGCUUCCAGGCGAGCCCAACGAUGUCUCCUUCUCUCACUUCUCUGGUUACAUCACGGUCAACGAGUCAGCAGGUAGAGCGCUCUUCUACUGGCUCACCGAGUCACCGACGAGUCAACACCCCGAGUCGAAGCCGCUUGUCCUCUGGCUCAACGGUGGCCCUGGCUGCUCCUCCCUUGCUUAUGGCGCCGCCGAGGAGCUUGGACCCUUUAGGAUCAAUCCUGAUGGCAAAACCCUUUACCACAAUCCCUACGCUUGGAACAAAUUGGCGAAUUUGCUAUUCCUUGAAUCUCCAGCUGGUGUUGGGUUUUCGUAUUCGAAUACAACUUCCGAUUUGUACACUGUCGGGGAUCAGAGAACCGCUGAAGAUGCGUAUGUGUUUCUUGUGAAAUGGCUUGAGAGGUUUCCGCAAUACAAGCACAGAGAAUUCUACAUUGCUGGAGAAAGCUAUGCAGGUCAUUAUGUUCCUCAGCUGUCACAAAUUGUUAAUCGGAAACGCAAUCCGGCUAUCAACUUCAAAGGCUUCAUUGUGGGGAAUGCUGUGAUUGAUGAUUACCAUGAUUUCGUGGGGUUAUUUGAAUACUGGUGGAGUCAUGGGUUGAUAUCUGAUCUCACUUACCACAACUUAAGGAUCACCUGUGAGUUCGUAUCAUCCGAGCAUCCUUCCCCUGAAUGCAGCAAGGCCAUGGAAGCUGCAGACAAGGAGCAAGGGAAUAUUGAUCCCUAUAGCAUUUACACUAUCACUUGUAAGCAGGAGGCUGAAGCUCUCAGGUCCCGCUUCUUGAGGGUUCGUCAUCCAUGGAUGUGGAGAGCAUAUGACCCUUGCACAGAGAGAUACUCCGGCGUGUAUUUCAAUUCUCCGGAGGUUCAAAAAGCUAUGCAUGCUAAUACAACCGGACUUGCUUAUCCAUGGAAAACGUGCAGUGACGUAGUAGGAGAAAAAUGGACAGACUCUCCUAUAUCUAUGCUUCCAAUCUACAAAGAACUCAUCGCUGCAGGUCUCAGGAUAUGGGUUUUCAGUGGAGACACAGAUUCAGUGGUUCCCGUGACUGGAACACGAUACUCCAUUAGAGCCCUCAAGUUACCACCAGUCUCCAAAUGGUACCCUUGGUACGACAAUGGACAGGUUGGUGGAUGGUGCCAAGUUUACAAAGGGCUAACUCUGGUGACAAUACAUGGAGCAGGACACGAAGACCAGAGUUUCAGUUCAUUGGCACUGCUAGCACAGAAACCUUCUGGUUCUGUCUUCUGUGAACUGUCUUAUGCAAAUGACGUAGCAGUGAGUAGUAGUGAUGAUGGUAAGGAGCAAAAGAUGAAGGACAAGAUCAUCUCUUUGCCAGGCCAACCUCCUCAACUCAAUUUCUCUCAAUUCUCUGGCUACGUUACUGUUGAUUCCUCUGCUGGACGAGCUCUCUUUUAUUGGCUAACCGAAGCCCCAAGGCCCAGUGGCACCAAGCCACUAGUCCUAUGGCUCAAUGGUGGUCCUGGAUGCUCCUCCAUUGCCUACGGUGCAUCCGAAGAGGUUGGUCCAUUUCGGGUUAAUCCAGACGGAAAGACUCUUCAUCUAAAUCUCUAUGCUUGGAACAAAGUGGCGAAUCUGUUGUUUUUGGAUUCACCUGGGGGAGUUGGUUUCUCUUACACAAACACGUCCUCAGACGAACUAACCGUGGGAGACAAAAGGACAGGGGAGGAUGCAUACAGAUUCUUGGUGAGGUGGAUGGAGAGGUUCCCUGAGUAUAAGGAACGGCCAUUUUACAUCGCCGGCGAGAGCUAUGCCGGACAUUAUAUUCCUGAGCUUGCUCAAUUGAUCGUCAACCGUAAUAAGGGUAACAAAAAACCCAUAAUAAAUCUACAAGGGAUCCUGAUGGGGAAUCCUCUAGUGGAUGAUUACAAUGACAACAAAGGGAUGCAUGAGUACUGGUGGAACCACGGGCUGAUAUCGGACGAAAGCUACGUUGAACUGACCAAAUGGUGCCUCAACGACUCCAUCCUCUUCCCCAAACCCAAAUGCAACAAUGCCCUGAACCAAGCCUUCUCUGAGUUUGGUGACAUCGACCCUUACAACAUCAAUCGCCCUGCUUGCACCAAAGAUUCAUCAUCGAAUGAAUGGAGGCAAGCAUGGAGAUAUAGAGGGAACGAUGAGUGCGUCGUGGGAUACACACGCAAGUAUAUGAACGAUCCCAAUGUGCACAAAUCUUUCCAUGCCCGUCUUAACCGCACUUCUUGGACUCCUUGCAGUCGUGUGAUAAGAAAAAACUGGAAAGACUCACCCAAGUCCAUGCUUCCCAUCCUCAAGGAACUUCUUCAAUCUCAUCUCCGCAUUUGGAUCUUCAGUGGGGACUCGGAUGGAGUGUUGCCUCUAAGUGGAACGAGACAUUCGAUAAAUGCAAUGAAAUUGAAGACCAGCAAAAGGUGGUAUCCAUGGUACCACGCACACGGCCUAGUGGGAGGAUGGAGCCAAGUUUACGAAGGUGGCUUGCUAACGUACGCAACGGUUAGAGCCGCCGGGCAUGAGGUGCCAUUGUCACAGCCUCGUCUCGCUCUUUUCCUCUUCACACAUUUCCUAGCUAAUCACACACUCCCCUCAUCUUCUUCUUGAUUAUACUUCUUUUCUUUCUCAUUUUACAUUUCAAUGUCUCUUUCUUUACCUUUCUUUUUUCCACUUCUUUCUGUUCAUUAUAUUGUACGUGGAGAGAUAUAUGAUUGGGCCUAAUCGCUAUCCUUGUGUUUAGUGUUCCCACGUUGUUCAAUCUUUCAUGUAGAUAUAAAAGAUGGCAUAUGUAAAUGGUAUUUCAUUUCCUCAUCAAAUUCUCAAAGUAGCAAAUGAUUUUGUAAUCUGUUUGUGUGCAGUCGCAGUUAUUGGAACUUAUAAGACAAACAUAGAAUUUUGACUCUCUCUUAUAAAUGUUAAUAUAAAAUAAAGUAGUACACAGAGAUCAAAUUCUUAUUCAAAAUGAUACCAAUCCCAAGUCCGGAACUCCUUCGCUCAUAAAUAUAUAUUUUAGAGGCCCCAAUCCCUACAAAAGAAACAAACCAGUUGUAGACGGAUUUGGCGGUGGAGGAGACGGUAUCGACGGCAGGACCGGCAUGUUCGUUGAAGAAUUUGGUAACGUCGUUCGUGGCUGUGUCUAGCCUCUGUCCGAUCGUUGGAGUUUCCUCAGCCGAGACCAACAACAUCAUUGACACAAGCAACAUCAACGACAACACCAAUGCCACCUUCUUCUCCAUUUUGGUCCCCAAAACGUAUAUUCUCUUCUUUUUUUAACAAAAAAAAAAGAGAGUUACUUCUCAAAUAAAAUAUUUUUUUUGAGGGAAAAUUUUCUUUUAAAAGUUGCAUGCCUCUGUCUAUAUAUAUAACCUGCUCUUUCUG